GGGAGAAGUCUUCUGACCGUCGGUGAUUGCACGUUCUUUUGAUUCUACCGAACGAUAUUUCAUGCAAUCGAGAUGGCCAGUACUGAUGACGUAAUGGAUGACGUCACAUGUGGAGAGAACGUCAGCGGCAUACGUCACGUCUUCAACAGCGACGGAGAACUUUUCCUCGAAGACAAGGAACAUUCCAAGAAAGUGUCUGAGACACUGAAGGACGAAAACACGCAAGGGAAAUGUCUAAGUAAUUGCACGUGUGAAGACAAGUCCCGUUGGCAUGGAAACGCGGAGUUGGACGUUCUGAACGAGUGUAGGACGGCGGGAAAGUUGUGUGACGUUACACUGUGUGCCGGGGAUGAGGAGUUUCCAUGCCACAGGGCCGUCCUGGCGGCGACUAGCCUGUACUUCCGCCUCCUGCUUCUGGGGGACUUUAGGGAACGGCUGGAAGAAAAGGUGCGUCUGGAAGACGUUACGCCGGGCUCCUUGAGUCUCCUGUUGGACUACUCGUACACGGGGAGAAUACGGAUCACGGGUGAGACUGUGGGGGAGUUGGUGCACGCCUCCUCACUGCUACAGUUCCCUGAUGUAACAGACGCCUGCUGUAGGUAUCUGAAACAUAAUCUACGGCCGGACAAUUGCGUACAGGUGAUGAAACUUGCCGAAGACUACUACCUACCGGAACUGUCGGACCACGUGAAGAGGUUCGCCUUUGAGAACCUGCCUGCGAUCUUCGUGACGAGUGACUUCGCGCAGGGCAGUCUGCGGGACGACCAGAACGUGCUGAGGCUGCUGAAACAGGCCAUGUCUGUAGCACGGGACAGGUGCUCCUGUCUACAGUAGGGUUUAACGUUUUACAGACAAUAUUUAACAAGGUGGGGGGAUAGAACCAUGGCAGAGGACUUUUGGAGUCUCCUAAAAAAGUACUGUACUUGUUGUAGUGAAGUAUAGACUAACGAUUGACCACGAUUGAUAACGAUUUUGGAGUCUCCUAAAAAAGUACUGUGCUUGUUGUAGUGAAGUAUAGACUAACGAUUGACCACAAUUUUAAUGCUGCAAUACUGUUACAGGAUCUUCCAGUAGGGACUACACAAGUAUGAUAUAUUCAUCAUAGAUCCUACACUUGUAGCUGUAACUAAAAGGCAAGGCCUGCGAUUUGUAUUUUUCU